AUGAGGCUGUUGAAGAAGGUUGGGGACCUCUUGGACACUGCCGACGAGAAAGCAUCGGAUGCCGACUUGCAAAGCCUCACCAGGCAAGUUGGUGAUGCCUUCCAGGCGAAAGCGAAGGAGGCGGGCACAAAGCGCGUCCUGGAUUUUGGCAUCGUCGAGGGCCUGUCCGACCUCAAGAAUCAGAUCGGAUCCGAUCUCAAGGACUUGGGCGGCUCGAAGACUUGGGCCGCCGACUUCUUCGAGAAGGAAGCCGCAGGCGAGAGAGAAGAUGAUGCCGAAGCCAGGCUGGCUGCCCUGAGGGAGCGCGUGGCGGAGCUUGAGAAGAAGGAGGCGGAGACGCUGGAGACCCGGAGCCGCUUGGAGGAACGCCUGGAGGAGGUGCUGCUGGCGAUCCAGGCAGAGCCAGAGGAAGAGGAGGCGCCCGAAGACUUCGGCAGCCUCGAGGCGAUGCGGAACGAGUUUUCCCAGCUCCAGGCAGCUGGUACGGAUCGACAGAAGGCGCUCCUGGAUGCCACUGCGGAGGCGGCCGCCGGCAACGAGCAUUUGGCGCAGCAGAUGGACUUCUGGCGGGACAAGGCGAAGCAGCUUCUAGCCUCCUUGGGCUUCGACGCUGUGCCGGAGGAGAUCCAAGCGCUCAUCCACGAAGAGGAGGAGGAGGAGGAUGAGGCUAAUGGCUCUGAGAAGGCCGGCUCCCCCAAUGGAGACAGCCAGCUCUCGAAGGACUGUGAUGCCCAGCGUCAGACAGUCCAGGACCUCGAGGCGGCGCUGGCGGAUCUGAUGCGGGGUUCCGAGGAGGUCAUGGGACGCGUGGAGCUGCGGCGCCGCGGGGAGAAGGACUUGGCAGCGAAGCUGUCGGCCGCAGAGGCCCAAGCAGCAGCGGAGGCAGAAGCAGAACGCACUCUGCAGCACCAGCUGAUGGCAGCGCAUGAGAAGGUGAAGCCGCCGGUGCAAGCGCUGGAGGUGGACCGUGCGGCGGAGGAGAAGUUGCAGCUCCGGGCGGAGGUGGGGCUCCUAAAGCAGAAGUCGGAGGCCAUGCGACAGGAGACCGCGGCCCUGGAGGCCCAGCUGCGGAAGCAGCGGGCGGCCGCGGCGGCAGACCUGGAGCGGGCGGUACCCUCCAGCUCCAGCUGGAGCUGUCUGGACGAGCCCCUCAUGAAGCUUGUGACGCUGCUGGUGAAGUCCACAUGUCUGCGGAGGGCCAUUGCGCUGCACCUCUUGGCCACGGAUGGCACAUUAGCCCUCCGGAGCGGCAACGCCUCCAAGAAGUUCAAGGCAUCCUUGGCGGGCAGCCGCAACACGGAGUUCCUGAAGCUGGUGGAACGAACGGAGGGUGCAUUUCAGUCUGGCGACGACACUGCGGUGGAGGAAGUCCGGCGAAUCCUGGCGGAUGUCCGCGCACAGUACGACCAAGUGCAUCUUGAAGCAGAGAGGAGAGAGGCCGAAAUCACCAAGCUUCGAGAACAGAUCCGUGUGGCGGAUCGAAGUCAUGGUUAUGGUGCCGACGAAUCUUCAAAGCUUCAGGAGUAUACAUUAUCUCUGGACAAGGAGAAAAAGUCCAUGGAUUAUGCCAUCGAACAAGCCGUGUUGUCCAAGAAAGUCUAUCAGCACAUGUCUGAGAGGAUUACAAAAGAGCAGGCGCUCCUCAAAGAGAAGCUCCUCCUGAUGGAGGCGCACUUGCAGAGGAAGUCUGCGGAAUCCCAGCGGAAGGUGGCUGUCCAGGAGCGCUUGGUGAGGAAAGGCGCCCAGUGCUCGCAGGAGCUAGACAUCCUGGAGCAGGAUGUGGAGCACGAGCGGGUGGUACGCGAGGAGGCCCUGGCCAAGAUGUCUUCCUGCCUGCAGGCCAAGAUCGAGGCUAAGGAGCGUCGUGCCAAGUUCGAGGAGUGGCGCCACGAGGUGGCGCUGGACGCGGCCAACGAGGCCUUCAACGCCUCCGCGGGCCGCCUCCGGAAGCUCUACGCGGUGGAGAAGCUUGCUGGGAACUGCUUGCAGAAGGUGACUUUUGAACAGGUGGAAAGGUCCCAGAACACCGAGGAUGGCUUUCAGAAGAUCCGCGAGGUGACGGGCCUGGCGGAUGUGAUGGACAUCGUGCACAAGUUCCUCAACCGAGACGUGGAGCACGAGCAGCUGAAGAGCUCCGUGAAGGAGGCGGAGGUCCGACUGGACAACCUGCGGGAGCAGUUCGAGCGCUUUAAGCGCGACACGGACGGCGUCACCUUCGACACGGAUACUUCCGGCAAGUCCCGCGCAAUCUACCUUGAGGUGGAGGAGCAUGAAGCGAAGCUGAACCUCUGCCAGAAGGAGCACGAGCAAAGCCGAGAGAAGCUGCAGCAAAGCACCCUGCAGGUGGAGCACAUGAAGCGAUGGGCCAACCGCAUGGGCCGAUCCCUCUCCAUGUUUGAGGAUUGCGUCCGCGUGGAGAAGCCCUCGGACCUUCCAGUCUUUUACCAGCAGAUGCAGCGAGCUGUUGACAAGUUCAUCGCCCACAUUGUUCAGCAGAUUUCCUCUGGCAAGGUGCAGAGGAAGAACAUGUCGCAGGUGGCGAGUAAGGAGUAUCACGAGGCAAGGAGGCUAUUGGCCGACAAGGACUUCUUGAAGGUGAACUGUCGUGUGCCCGCCUCCCUGGAUGCGGGGCGGCCGCCUUCUCGUCAGGGCCCGGCGGGUCCAGAGGAAGAUGCGGCCGACGUGCACCAGCAAGAGCGCGACAGGUGCAAGAAAGAAUCGACGGAACGCGUCAAUGAGUCUUUACGAACGAUUGCCGAAUUGAGCAAGCGGAAGGGAGGCGGGAAGUGA